AUGUCUGUCGUAAUCCUAUUAACGGGUCGUAUUUGGACGAGUGUGUCGGCCACUGAACUUCAGGACCACAUCGGGUGCGAUGGCCUACUCAAUGGUCCCACAUAUAUAGCCAGAGAUCAGGUGGGAAUACCGCCCGAGGAGUCGCAACUUUAUAAGUACUUAAACGCCAGAAUGAUUAAAGAGAAAGUCUGGUCCACUAACCUGCCGGCCGCUACUGUUAUAGGCAAGUUAAUAUCGUUUGGCUAUAAGUUGAUCAGUCAGGCGGGUUCGGGGGUUGGCUUCUCCGGUAAGGCCCGCUAUAGCGCCGACGUAGCCGUCACUGACUACCGGUGGAGCUGGACUCUGGUCAAGGAAAACUUGGCGCCCCCUCCCUAUCCUGACCAACGCUAUCAUCCUAUGGAAUAGGAGUUAAUGAUAUUAUUUUUAGACUCAUUUUAUUUUACAAUCAUUU